AUGACCACAACCGGGACUGGACAGCAGAGCGCAUCCGCGUCUGACCCAACGAGCGAUGGACGAACAUUUCAAGACCCCAAAAAGUAUCUGUUGCCAAAUGAUAAGCAGGAAAAGGAACGCCUCGCAAAACAACACCCAGCUGCCCGCGUCACCGGCAUAGACAUCGACAGCAUCACCCCCGCCAUCACUCCCGUCCCCUCCAACUGCACCUUUCAAAGCAACAUUGACGCCCAAGACGGCCCCUGGACCUUCGCCCCGGACACCAAAUUCGACUUUGUCCACUUCCGCAUGAUCCUCAGCUGCUUCACCCAGCCCACGCAGGUCUUCCGAUCCGUCUACGAGAACCUCGCCCCCGGAGGCUACGUCGAGAUUCAAGACCUCUGCGUCGAGAUCCACUCCCCAGACGGCUCCGCCUCGGGCACGUCGUUUGAAAAGAUUGUUGAUCUGUUCAACCAGGGUUCCCUCAAGGCUGGUAUCAGCAUGACCAAGUCCAAAAACUACAAGAAGUGGCUUCAGGAGAUUGGAUUUGUGGAUGUGGAGGAGCGGCUGGCGGAGCCGGGCUUGCCGACGACGGGAUGGCAUGAGAAUGAGAGGGAUAGGGAGAUUGGAGAGAUGGGGAGUGUCUCGAUUCAGACAUUCAUCCGAAAGGGAAUGCCGGCUUAUUUGAGGGCUGCGGGGUUGGACGAGGCUGGUCUCCAGGAGCUAACGGAGAAGGCGGUGGCCGAGUUGAAGAGUGGUGAGGUGAGGGCGUAUUAUCCUUUCUAUGUCGUUUAUGGCAGGAAGCCUUUGGAUUGAGUUCAGCCAGGUGGUUGCUGAUGACUGAAGUGGGAUGUAUUUUCAGGGCUAAUCUACCGAUCCCACAGUUGAUAAUUCGGCCACACUGCUUUGCCUUUCGAGAACAUGAAGGUCUAACGUCAAUGAGAGUGGAGUGAUGCCUAGGAAGCAAAGAAAGAGUGGAACACCUUUUCAAGAAAAACAAUUAUAUUGGACCAGCCAGUUCCACCCUCCAGGGGUGCAUCCCAAUAAAACCCAAAACUCCUUUUACGUCUAUUCAGAAUUA